CGCCCAGUGUAUUCGAGUUGUGAUUAUUGUUCAUGUGUUUUCAAUGUAUAGGAAAGUUCAAAUUGAAUUUUGCUAAUACGAAUAGUUUACUCAGAAGGUGUAAAUUAUUACCACGGAAAGUAAUUGUUAAGGGAGUUUAUGAACCACGCUUGGGCUUUGCGGCAAUUUUGUAUAUUUUGGAAAGUCGAAAAUAAAAAAUCAUGGUAACUCAAGAAAUAUUAACAAUUCAGUUGGGCCAUUAUGCUAAUUUUGUCGGUACCCAUUGGUGGAACAUUCAGGAAACAAAUUUUUCUUAUGAUCCUCUAAACCCAUCUGAAAUUAAUUCAGACGUUCUCUACAGAGAAGGAGAAUUACAAAAGAAUAUAACUUAUACACCAAGACUACUAAUAGCAGACUUGAAAGGUGCCUUUGGAUAUUUGAGUGAAGAAGGUAAUUUAUUGGAUGUGUUCCAAACAGACAAUCAAGCACCUGAAAUAUUAUGGGAGGAAAAUCGUUUAGAAAUUGCUAAGAGACCAACAGCAAACAAGUCACCUUUUAUCCAAAGUUUAGAAAAAGCUGCUUCUAGUGAAGAAAAUAUUACUUAUGAUUUAGAGAAUGAAACAAAUACAUGGGUUGAUUAUUUAGUGCCACGAUUUCAUGCAAGAACAAUUAAUGUCAUUAAUGAAUAUGAGCAUGGAUCUAGAGAUCAACCUUUUGAUAUAUUUUCAUAUGGGCAAAAUUUAUGGAAAACUAACAAUUUUUCUGAGGAUUUUACAGACAAAAUUAGAGCUUAUGCAGAGGAAUGUAACCUGAUGCAGGGCUUUCAGGUUCUGGUAGAUGCUGAUGAUGGAUUUGGUGGCUUGGCUGCAUCUUUAAUACAGUAUUUAAAAGAUGAAUAUGGAAAAAGUAUCAUAACUUGGCCUGUCUUUGAUAGUUCUCAUAGAGAUCCAACACAAUCCGACAAUAUCAAAUUAAUUAAUACAGUCCUUUUAUGGCAUCAACUAGGUGAAUAUUCAUCACUUUUCAGCCCCUUAUGCUGUGGCACAGAUGGUUGGCCUACACCGGGUGCACCUCGCAUUUUUAAUCACGUUACUUACAAAGCAGAUCUUAAAUAUCAUACAAGCGCAUUGCUUGCUACAGCUGUGGAUACACUUAGCUUGCGCUAUAGAAACAAGAGAUACCCAAUGUCUGUGCUUUCAGAUAUAUGUGCAGAUUUAGGCAAGUUUGGUAGAAAAGCUGUUGCGACAAGUUUGAGUUUACCAUUUCCUAUUUUUUCAAAUCAAGAUCUGAUAGAUAUGUUGGAUGACCUUGAUGGUAGUUGCCCUUGGACAAGUUUAACACCAAGAUGUAAUAUAAGUGUAGACAAUGUCAUGCAAAGUUUAGCUUUAAGAGGUAUUUCAGAAAAACGUCUUAAGGGCCCUAUGCAGGAGUCAAAUGAACAAAUAAAAAAAUUUGCUUACAAGUGUUCUUCUGUUCAUGAAAUGAUGUCUCUAUAUUUAGAUAGUACUUGCCACUUCUCAGCUUCUCAUUUGACUAACAUCGAGCAAGUACUCAAAGUAAAUGAUCCAUAUCCAAAAUUAUUUAACAGUAACAUUAUGGAAGAUGGAUCUCUUUCAAAGAAACUCAGAAUGGAAGAAAUUAAGAGUGUUCCUGUCAUGGCUGGUCUCCAUACAGGCAAAUUUAUGUCCAAAAUGUAUGAUUCUCUGUAUAAAGGAGUCGAGCAGAAAGUCAGAAGUUUAAGAAGAUUCAAUGCAUUUAUAUUGUCAGGAUUGGAAGAAGACGAGUUUAAAGAAAGUGUAAAUGAUUUGUUGAAUUGCAAAGAUAAUUACGAAGAACGAGAUAUUUAAGCAAAAA